AUGCAUCUCCCCGCUGCAGGGAAGGCUUACGAGAUCAGCUACGUGAGGCUGAAGUUCCACACGAGCCGCCCCGAGAGCUUCGCCAUAUACAAGCGCAGCCACGGGGGUGGCCCCUGGCAGCCCUACCAGUACUACAGCGCCUCCUGCCAGAAGACCUACGGCCGGCCCGAGGGCCACUACCUGCGGCCAGGCGAGGACGAGCGGGUGGCCUUCUGCACUUCCGAGUUCAGUGACAUCUCCCCGCUGAGCGGGGGCAACGUGGCCUUCUCCACCCUGGAGGGCCGGCCCGGUGCCUACAACUUCGAGGAGAGCCCGGGGCUGCAGGACUGGGUCACCAGCACCGAGCUGCUGGUCUCUCUAGACCGGCUCAACACGUUCGGGGACGACAUCUUUGGGGACCCCAGGGUGCUGCAGUCCUACUACUACGCCGUGUCCGACUUCUCCGUGGGCGGCAGCCCGUGGUCAGGUCAGACCUCCCUGGAUGCCGCGAGUCCUCCCAGCAGAGAACAUCUGGGCCGCAGCUGUGGACGGGACCACCCUCUGACUGCAGCUGGCUGGGCGGAGAAGGCACAGGUGGCCCUGCAGCCGGAGGGCCAGCAGGCGCCCUCCUCUGCUCAGACGGAUGACUGGUGGCAUUGCCUGCCCUCCCUGGGCCUCUCCCACACCCCGUGUGCCCAAGUCAGGGAGGCUCGGGGACCUGCGGGCUCAGCAGCUGCUUGGCGCUGUGGCACCGAGCGCUCCGGCGCCUGCCGCUGCAAGCCCUCGGUGACCGGCUGGAAGUGUGACCGCUGCCUUCCCGGGUUCCACUCGCUCAGCCAGGGCGGCUGCAGACCCUGCACCUGCAAUGCUGCUGGCAGCCUGGGCAACUGUGACCCCCGCAGUGGACGCUGCCCCUGCAAAGGCAACGUGGAAGGCAGCCUGUGUGACAGGUGUCGCCCAGGGACCUUUAAUCUGCAGCCCCACAACCCAGCCGGCUGCAGCAGCUGUUUCUGCUAUGGCCACUCCAAGGCGUGCGGGGCCGCUGCGGGGCUCCAGGCACACCACGUCUUCUCCAGCCUCGGCCGGGGAGCCGGGGCCUGGCGCGCCAGAGGCACAGGGGGCACAGAGCACCCCCCAAGAUGGAGCCCGGGUGGCGUCCUCCUGGGCCCCCAAGACGAGGAGCUCACAGCACCAGAGCUGUUCCUGGGAGACCAGCGGCUCAGCUACGGGCAGCCCCUCACGCUGACCUUCCGGGUGCCCCCUGGAGGCUCCCUGCCGUCCACACGGCUGAAGCUGGAAGGAGCAGGCCUGGCGCUGACUCUGAGGCCCUCCAGCCAGUCGGGGCCCCAGGAUGCCGGGCAGCCGGGGCAGAUGCAGCUGCACUUCCUCCUGCAAGAGACUUCUGAGGACACAGCGUCCCCGCUGCCCGCCUUCCACUUCCAGCGGAUCCUGGCCAACCUGACCUCUCUCAGCAUCUGGGCCAGUGGCCAAGGCGCAGGCCCUUCCGGUCCGGCGCUCCUGAGUGAGGUGCGGCUCACGUCGGCUCGGGCCCAGCAGGGACUGUCCCCGCCAGCUACCUGGGUGGAGACUUGCUCGUGUCCCCAGGGCUAUACGGGCCAGUUCUGCGAGUCCUGUGCUCCAGGAUACAAGAGGGAGACGCCCCGAGGGGGUCCCUAUGCCGCCUGUGUCCCCUGCACCUGUAACCAGCACGGCACGUGUGACCCCAACACAGGGACCUGCCUCUGUGGCCACCACACCGAGGGCCCGUCCUGUGAGCGCUGCCUGCCGGGUUUCUAUGGCAACCCCUUCACGGGCCAGGCCGACCCCUGCAAGCCCUGUCCGUGCCCCGGCCAGUCAGCCUGCGCCGUGGUCCCGGAGAGCGGCGACGUGGUGUGCACUCACUGCCCGGCGGGCCGGAGAGGGCGGCGCUGCGAGAGCUGUGACGAUGGCUUCUUUGGGGACCCAAUGGGGCUCUCCGCAGCCCCCCAGCCCUGCCGCCCGUGCCAGUGCAGCGGGAACAUGGACCCAAACGCCCUGGGCAACUGCGACCCCCUGUCCGGCCGCUGCCUGCGCUGCCUGCACCACACAGCCGGGGAGCACUGCGGGCGGUGCAGCCAGGGCUUCUACGGCAGCGCCCUGGCCCCGCGGCCGGCCGACAAGUGCAGGCCCUGCAGCUGCAGCCCAGAGGGCUCAGUGGCUGAGCAGAUGCCCUGCGACCCAGUGACCGGCCAGUGUGCCUGCCUACCCCAUGUGACCGGCAGGGACUGCAGCCUCUGUAUCCCUGGCUUCUAUGACCUCCAGCCGGGCAGGGGCUGCCGCAGCUGUGCGUGCCACCCGCUGGGCUCCCAGGAGAGGCUGUGCCACCCUGAGACCGGGCAGUGCCCCUGUCGCCCCGGCGUCACAGGCCUGGCCUGUGACAGAUGUCAGCCGGGUUUCUUUGGCUUCUCCAUCAAGGGCUGCCGGGCCUGCAGGUGCUCCCCGCUGGGCGCCACCUCGGCCCAGUGCCACGAGAACAGCACGUGCGUGUGCCGGCCUGGCUUCGUGGGAUACAAGUGUGACCGCUGCCAGGACAACUUCUUCCCCACAGCGGGCGGCGCUCACUGCCAGGAGUGCCCGCCCUGCUACGGCCUGGUGAAGGGGAAGGUGGCCAAGCUGCAGGCCAGGCUGACCUUGAUGGAAGGGUGGCUGCAGGGGUCCGACUGUAGCACCCCCUGGGGGCCACUAGACGUUCUGCUGGGAGAAGCCCCCCGGGGGGGUGGCUACCAGGGCCGCCUGCUGUCAGGUACAGAGCAGGGUGGGGCCGCCCAGAGCCCGGGACACAGCUUCCGCCCGCUGCCAUGGGUAGGGCUGCUUCCCACGAGCCCCUCCUCCAGCUCCCUCUGCCCUGUCCCCAGCCCCGUCCAGACUAAGCCCAGUGCCACCCCCUGGGUUCUUCCCUGGCCUCCGCCCAGUGCAGGGCGGGUGCUGUCCAGGCAGGAAGCGUGGCACCGGGCCCUGGCCGAGGAGAGGCGCUCACAGCAUGGGGGACCUGAAGUAAGCCGGGCCCUGACCUGGAGACCCGGGCUGGGCGCCCCUUUGUCACUUCAGCGCACUGUGAAGGUGCAGGAGGUGGCGGGUGGCGACAUUGUCACUGGAUGUGGCUCUUGCCCUUCCAGGCCAAGCCUCAGUGUCUCCUCUUCUCUGAAGGUGACUCCCCAGGACGGGCCCGGACAACCCUCCAACUGGAGCCAUCUGGCCACAGAGGCCCGUGCCCUUGCCAGGGGCCACAGGGACACCGCUGCCAAGAUCGAAGCCGCCGUGCAUCGCGCCAUACUCGCCUCCAACGCCAGCUAUGCGCUCCUGCGGGGCCUGGUGGACGGGAGGGCGGCCCUGGAGGCCCAGCGGGACCUGGAGGACAGGUACCAAGAGGUGCAGGUGGCCCUGAAGGCGCUGGGCACGGCUUUGUCACAGGAGUUUCCCAAAGCCAGGAGGCUGCUGGCCUCCAUGCAGCGCGGCGUUGCUGAUGCGGCCCCGCGCCUGACCUUGCCGGCCACCCCUGCAGCCCUGCCCCAGCCCAGGAAUCUGGACUCCAGAGCACGGGCCCUGGAGCAGAAGGUGGCGUUGAGAGGGCACACGGCCACCGAGGCUGCUGGGGCCCUCCAGGCCUCCGCCCGAGCGGCGCUGCAGAGAAUGGAGCACCCCGCGCAGCUAUUCCAGGAGGCCACAUCUGCGCUGGCCCAGGCUUCCUCAUCUGUCCAGGCUGCCACGGUGACCGUGAUGGGAGCCAAGGCCCUGCUGGCUGACCUGGAAGGAAUGAAGCUGCGGUUUCCAGGGCCCAAGGACCAAGCUGAGCUGCAGAGGAAGGCAGGUGCAGUCAGGGACCGGCUCCUGGAGGACACAAGGAAGAAGACCAAACAGGCAGAGAGGGUGCUGGGAAAUGCAGCACCACUCUCCUCCAGCGCCAGGAAGAAGAGCAGAGAAGCAGAGCUGUUGGCCAAGGACAAUGCCAAGCUCGCCAGGGCCUCUCUGCGGGACGGGAAGCAGGGGCACCGCCGUGCCAGCCGACUGGCCAGCCAGACCCAGGCCACACUCCGGCGGGCCUCGCGACUGGCNNCUGGCUCCCAGGCCAGGGCCACUCAAGCUGUUCCCGUGCCCCAGGUGGGUGUGGGGCUGAGCAUGGUGGAGCCCCGGAUCCGAGAAUCACGCAUCUCCCUGGAGAGAGCCACGAAAGCCUUGGCGCAGCUGCUUGCGAGGCUGGGCUCCCUGGACACCCACGGCGCCCCCACCCACACCCUGAAUGAGACCCAGCGUGCCUUGGAAGGCUUGAGGCUUCAGCUGGGCUCCCAGGGGGCCCUGCAGGGGAAACUGAGGCUCCUGGAGCAGGAGUCCGAGCGGCAGGAGUUGCAGAUCCAGGGCUUCGACAGCGAGCUUGCUGUGGUGCGCGCUGACAAGCGGAACCUGGAGGCCAUUCUGCACAGCCUGCCCGAGCGCUGUUCCGGCCGGCGGUGAGGGCUCGCUGUUUGCCGGGCUGGGGCACAGGGCCACACCUGCACACUCACCCUGGCGUCAGUCACACACCUGUGCACGUAUGUGCACACACGUGUUUAAGUCCGGCGGCACACACACACACACGACAGUGUUCCUUGGCCAGCAGGGCAAGGCCGCCCCUGCAGGGACAUCACUGUCUUCUGGACCCUUCCCUUCCCUCCCAGGAGCUCGGUUGCCCCUACCCGGCAGCCGGUGGUCUGCUCGGAGGCAGGACCUUGAGGGUCUGAAGGGCCCUGGGGCCCUGUGUUGACAGAAACACCCCUCUGUGCCUUUGCUCACCCUCUUAACCUCUGACGCCACUUCCUGACCCAGCCCUACGGCCCCACCUGCCGAGGAGGCCGCAGGAUGAGGAAGCCGGGCCACCAUUCCAGUCCCCUUUCCAGUCCGUCCUGCCCUGGGGAAUCCUCCUGUGGCCUGGUCUCUGGUCUCCGGGGCCUCUGCCCAGGACUCCCUGGUGUUUCCUCCUGCCCUGUCCCGGGCCCCCUUCCAGCAGGCAGCAGGGCCUUGGCACCCAGACCCCAGGUUCCUCUGCGGGCACCGUCCCUGCCCAGCUCCCCUGUCCGCAUCUGGCAAACAGGUGGCAACGUGGGCCCAUUCUGCCUGUGAGGAAAUAAAGGACCCUU